AUGAAAACCUCAAACCACAGCAACGAAACCAACCUCAUCAAAAUGAGCAAAGACUCCUCCCCCACAAACAUCCACAUGCAUCACCCUCGCCUCGCCGACUUCUACGAAGACUUCACGCGCCCACACACCUCAAGCCUCACAUCCUCAAACCCCACCGCCAUCACAACAACCACCCACGCCCCUCCCCCGGGCCCCAACAACCCCAACCCAGCCGGCCCCUCCGGCGGCACCACAACCGUGACCUACGGCUCGACGUCCCCGACGCUCGUCCCCUCAUUCCUGCCCAUAGAGGACAUCUACGUCGCGGCGCAGUAUCAGCCGCCGAACCCGGAGGACGAGGACGAUGUGGUGCCCGAUCAGCAUGCGGCGUUUGGGAUUGCAAGGGCGAUGGAGAGGAGACGCGAGGCGGUGUGGAGGGAUCUGGGGAUGGAGGAGUUGAUGGGGGCGAGUGGGGGAGUUGGAGGGAGAGGAGGGGGAGGGUUGGCUGGGGUGGGUGGUGUGGGUGCUGGUGCUGGGGGUGCGAAUAUGGGGGUGGGGAGUGGGAGUGCGGCGGGGGUGAGGGUGAGGGUUAAGGAGAGUGGGAGGAGGAUGGGGGGGAGGAGGGAGGUGAUUUGUUUACGGUGA